AUGGCUUUUCUUCAUUCAGUUGCCCUCCUCUGCAUGUGGUUUGUAGUUCCACCACUCAUUGCAGCGGAUAAUCGAUACAAGCAAGGUGAUCCAGUAAUGUUGUAUGUAAACAAGGUGGGACCAUACCACAACCCACAGGAAACGUAUCACUUCUACCAACUGCCAGUGUGUGCCCCCUCCCAAAUCCGCCACAAGAGCCUAACCUUGGGAGAAGUUCUGGAUGGAGACCGAAUGGCAGAAUCUAUGUACAAGAUUUCUUUUCGUGUUAAUGUUGAGAGGGAACCUCUAUGUGAGCUCAAACUCGCUGUCAGUCAGGUAGAGGAACUGCGUCAAGCCAUAGAAGAACUUUACUAUUUCGAGUUUGUGCUGGAUGACAUACCAAUCCGUGGCUUUGUAGGCUACAUGGAGGAGAGUGGCUUCUUGCCACACACUCAUAAAAUUGGCUUGUGGUCUCACUUGGACUUCAACAUUGAGUAUAAUGAGGACCGUAUCAUAUUUGCCAAUGUUAGUGUUCGAGAUGUGAAACCUUUUAGCUUAGAUGAUGUCAGAGAGCCUCUUAGCUUGACCCACACUUAUAGUAUACGUUGGUUCCCAACCUCUGUGACUUACGAAAGGCGUGGGGACCGUCUCAGGGACACCAGUUUCUUUCCAAAAAGUUUGGAGAUUCAUUGGCUCUCUAUCAUCAAUUCCAUGGUACUAGUCUUUUUGCUUUUGGGUUUUGUGGUCAUCAUUCUCAUGCGUGUUCUCAAAAGUGAUCUAGCACGGUACAAUCUAGAUGAGGAAGGGACGGAUGAUAUGGAACAAGGUGACAAUGGAUGGAAGAUCAUUCAUACAGAUGUUUUCCGCUUCCCCCCACAUAGAAGUCUAUUGUGUGCCAUACUUGGUGUAGGUUCCCAAUUCCUGGCACUUGGAACAGGUAUCAUAGUAAUGGUUCUUCUCGGAAUGUUUAAUGUGCACAGACAUGGUGCUAUAAAUUCUGCCGCUAUACUACUUUACGCACUUACUUGCUGUAUCUCUGGCUAUGUGUCCAGUAAUUUCUAUAGACAGCUGGGUGGAGACCGUUGGGUUUGGAAUAUUGUACUCACUACCAGCCUUUUUUCAGCUCCAUUUUUCCUGACUUGGAGUGUUGUGAAUUCAGUCCACUGGGCCAAUGGCUCAACACAAGCUCUUCCAGCAACCACAAUCCUCUUGCUGCUUACUGUGUGGCUUCUGGUUGGAUUCCCUCUCACUGUGAUUGGAGGUAUCUUUGGUAAAAAUAGUGCAGGAAACUUUGAAGCUCCAUGUCGGACUAAGAACAUUGCUCGAGAAAUCCCACCUCAACCUUGGUAUAAGUCAGCACCAGUCCACAUGGCUAUUGGAGGUUUCCUACCUUUUAGUGCAAUCUCUGUGGAGCUGUAUUACAUCUUUGCUACUGUCUGGGGCCGAGAGCAGUACACUUUGUAUGGGAUUCUUUUCAUCGUAUUUGCCAUUCUACUGAGCGUAGGCGCCUGUAUUUCUGUGGCAUUGACAUACUUCCAGUUGUCAGGUGAAGAUUAUCGGUGGUGGUGGCGAUCAAUUCUAAGCACAGGAUCUACUGGAGCUUUUAUCUUUCUGUACUCUGUUUUUUACUACUGGCGUCGGUCUAACAUGUCAGGGGUGGUUCAAAGUGUAGAAUUCUUUGGGUACUCUUUCCUAACAGCAUAUGUUUUCUUUCUCAUGCUUGGAACUGUCAGCUUCACAGCUUCACUUCGGUUUAUCCGUUAUAUAUAUGUAAAUCUUAAGAUGGACUAA